AUGGCAUUUCAAGCUGCUGGAUUCUUGAUGGACCUAGCCUCUACAAUUGUCAGCGUCAAGAUGUUGGUCGACGCGUCGAAGCCUGCAUCAAAUGAUCCUGCAACGCUAGUCACUUUCACCACUGGUCAACACGAGAAACUAACCGGUGCUGGUGGCAAAAUACCUCAUAUAGCUCUGUGGGAUGACCACGGAAGUCGCAUCGCGCAAUGGCACCCCAAGAAGAAUCAGAAGAUAGCAUCUGGUGCAGACGGAGAUCGAAACGGACAAAUUGUUGUCAAGCACAACCAGAACGGGGGAAAGGCGCAGACCCCUACUACAUCAUGCUGA